CCCAGGAGCCUCCGAAGCCCCUACCAGGCCAGCUCUCCUCCCGCAGCCACUCCCUUCACAGGAGGAUGAGGGUCUGCAUGGCAGCCACAUCCCUCCCCCUCCUCCUUGUCCUCAUCUCCGUCGCCCUGGGGUCCAAGACUGAAUCCGAUUCAAGAGGACCUUACCCCGCCACCGAGUGCUGCUACAGCUACCUGACCCGGCCAAUCAGGAAGCACUGGAUUUCACGCUAUUAUGAGACCGGCGGCCUGUGCUCCAAGCCUGGAAUUGUCUUCAUCACCAAAAAUGGCCGUCAAUUGUGUGCCAACCCCAGCGAUGACUGGGUCCAGGACUAUAUCAAAGGAGCUGGAGGAGAUCUGAGUGACCCAGAAGUAGCGAGAAGGACACAGCUCAGAAUUUAAAGAGAUGGGGCUGAACUCCACUCCCAAUUUAGCCCCAGACACCUCCUGGGAGCUGCCCUGCCUUGAAUUAAAGACCAUCAUGCCCUUC